CAGCGGAGAUGGACCGGAGGCGCUGGCAGAGGAAAAAGAAGAUUGAUGCGCUGCUUCUCCGCUGCUUGCAUACCACUGCUGCGACUGUCUGUCUCUGUCCUUACCCAUAUCCCCACUCCCACACAGUCUCUCGCGCGUACUGCGGUGCCGUAGCGCUCUCGUCGACGUGUUUGCGCCGGUCGCAACUUCUUCCUCGACUCACGCGUUCCCCGCCACUGCAACGUCCGACGGCAGCCCACCAUGAGCGCCAUUCUCUCCGCAGACGACCUGAACGACUUCAUAUCGCCGGGCGUCGCAUGCAUAAAACCCAUAGAAACCCUGCCUGCGGCAAAACCUGAGGACGACGCUCAUGCAUACGAAGUCACCACCGAAGACAAGGUCGCAGCCUCGCAACCGCCGCCGCCGGCCACCCUAUCGCUUACCGACUGCCUGGCAUGUUCGGGAUGCGUGACCAGCGCCGAGGCCAUGCUGGUGUCGCUCCAGUCGCAUAACGAAGUCCUUGCCACGCUUGAUACCUACCGGUCGUUACGCGCGCCGUGGGAAGCACAAAAUGGCACAACCAGUGGGACAAUAGAUGGCCUGGAUGGCCAUCAUCAUGAGGGCAAGCUGUUCGUAGCCAGCGUAUCCCCGCAGACUCGCGCAAGUCUGGCCGCCGUAUUCUCUGUGACAGAGGUCGAAGUUGGGAAUAUGAUUGCACAACUUCUCAGCGGUCCGUCUGGGCUGCAAGCUGGUGGACACAACGGCAGCGACUUCACAUGGGUCAUCGAUACCAACGUCGUGCGGGAAGCCUGUCUUGUCGCGGCCGCCGACGAGGUUGCCAUGGCCCUUUCGUCAAGGGCAUCGGAUGCGCCGUCAGAGCCUGGCUCCGAAGGAGCGAUAGAUACCACCCCGAAGAAGCCCAUACUCACAUCGGCGUGCCCCGGCUGGAUAUGCUACGCCGAAAAGACACAUCCCUACGUCCUCCCACACCUCUCGCGCAUGAAGUCUCCGCAGGCUUUGACCGGGACGCUGCUCAAGUCGGUGCUGAGCCAGCGAUACAACGUUCCGCCCUCUCAAAUAUGGCAUCUCGCUGUUAUGCCGUGCUUCGACAAGAAGCUCGAGGCCAGCAGGAGCGAAUUGACCUCCUCCGUGUGGCUUCCUGGCCAUGACUCUUCGCAGGACCCCGUACGAGACACCGACUGCGUCAUCACAGCCCGCGAAUUGCUACACCUAGCUGCCGCCCGCAAUAUCAAUUUCGCAAGCCUCCCCCGGACACCUUUAGCCCCGUCACAGCGGACACCCUUCCCUGACCCGAAACUCGAUGCCUUCCUCUUCCCAUCUUCGCACAGAAAGAACCAGAACCCAGAUGCCGGGCCCUCGGGCGGCUAUCUCCACCACAUACUGCAUACAUAUCAAGCGCAGAACCCCGGCUCGGAGAUUGUUGUGAAACAGGGGAGAAAUACAGACGUAAUCGACUACACGCUCGUGCGUGGAUCGGAUACCAUCGUCAAGAUGGCCCGGUACUACGGCUUCCGCAACAUACAAAAUCUCGUGCGGAGACUGAAACCCGCGAAGAUCAGCAAAAUGCCAGGCGCAAGAGUUGGCGGAAGCCGGAGACCGAACGGUGCGGCAGUAGAAACAGUAAAAGACUACGCAUACGUCGAGGUCAUGGCGUGUCCUGGGGGAUGCACAAACGGCGGUGGCCAGGUCAAGGUCAGCGAGGUGGAAGAAGUGCGCGCCUACGAGGGCGUUCAGGCUGUCAACGGAGACGUGGUUUCUUCCAGACCGGGCCCCAAGGAGCAAAAAGAGUGGCAAGGGCGGGUAGACGAAGCCUACUUCUCUAGCUCUGAAGAGGAAGCAGAUCUCGACGGCGAUCAGGAGAUGCAGGACGUCGAUACCGUGCGGGCAAACGGUCUUAAGGACGGAGAUGUUGUCAACGGCAUCUCGAAGAAAUACAUCCAAGGUAUCCUAAGCCACUGGUCCACCAUUACUGGCGUCGAUACACAAAACUUGGUUUACACGUCAUACCGGAAAGUGGAAAGCGACGUUGGGAAGAAGGUGAACGACGUAGAGAGGGUCGCCGGUCUCGCGAGUAGCAUCGGCGGCGGGUGGUAAGCCAUUUCACAACGAAUAUGGUUACCGAGAAGAUGUAGAAGAGCGUUGCAUACGAAUUGAGCAUUUUCGGGCGUCUAGCUAGAGAUAGAAUAGAGAGCGGCCAAUGAGAUACG